AUGCCUUCCAGCCUCGGCUGGCGCGCUUUAGCGCUAUCUCUGGCCACAAUCGCUCCUCUCGUGCGCGCUGACAUUUGCUCAACCCUUGCAGCUGGCGGCAUUGACAUCGAAUACCCAUUGUCGCUUGACUACUCGUCCGACCUGACAAAAUAUUGGUCUGCUGCCUGUGGUGAUCUCAAGCCGACAUGUAUUGCUGCGCCUUCCAGUGCGGCUGAGAUGGCGCAAGUGAUCAAAGAGCUACACAAUGUUGAGACAUUAUUCGCAGUGAAGUCUGGAGGUCAUAUGCCUAAUAAUGGCUUUGCUAGUAUUCAAGAUGGUCUGCUGGUUUCAACCAAGAAUUUAGAUCAGGUGUUUUAUAACCCGGAUGAUGAGACAGCUAUCAUUGGACCUGGUCUGUCGUGGGAAGAGGCACAAAAGGGACUCGAGGGGACUGGACGGGCUGUUGUUGGAGGACGGCUUGGAGGUGUGGGAAUUGGAGGGUAUAUGCUUGGAUGUGGAAUGAGUUUCUUAAGCACUCAAUACGGCUGGGCAGCCAACAAUGUUGUGAACUUUGAGGUUGUCCUGGCCAAUGGUACGGUGGUUAAUGCCAAUGCAAAGGAGAACACCGACCUUUUUGCUUCUCUCAAGGGUGGCGGUAAUAACUUCGGCGUCGUUACGGCAUACACCAUGCAGACUCACCCAAUUGGCAAAGUUUGGGGCGGCAACUAUGUCUUCACUGCGGAUCAGACACCCAAAGUGCUAACGGCCCUGCGAAACUUUGCGGAUGACUAUCCUGAUGACAAGGCGGCGAUUAUCUUGACAUCGGAGCAUGGCGCGUUGAUUGACUUCUGGAUCAUGUUCCUCUUCUACGAUGGCCCUGAGCCUCCAGCGGGCGUGUUCGACGAGUUCACCGCGAUCCCGCAUACAUCUACCACGAAGACAUGGGAUACUUACUACGACCUGCUCAAAAAUAACGAUUUCUUCAUUCUGCAUGGACAACGCUACACCAUUGCCACCGAGACCACGCCUGUGCCAAAUAGCACCGUCGGAACUGCUCCUCUCCAGGAGUACUACGACCACUGGUUCGACGUGACCAACAGCGUACUUGAAGUUACCGGUGUUCUGGGAUCCAUCGCUUUCCAGCCGGUGCCUAAGACCUUCAGUGAGAAGGCCAAGGCCCGUGGCGGAGAUCUCCUCAACGUUCCCACCGACACCAACUAUAUUUUCAUCGAGCUUGACUUCUCCUACGCACUCUCUCUCGACGAUGACAAGAUCGAUCAAGCCAAUCAGAAUCUCUACCAGGGCCUAGACAACCUUGUACAGAAGAACAUCGACAAGGGCCUACUUCCCGACGUGUAUCGACCGCUUUUCAUGAACGAUCUGUACUUCCGCCAGGACUACUGGGGUCGUAUUGAUCCCGCGUCCAAGAAGUCGGCGCUCGAGGCGAGACUGCGCUAUGAUCCGGAUGGCUUCUUCCAGAAGCGGACCAGCGGUGGUUGGAGACUUAACUAA